GCUGGCUCGAGCUGGCACGGCUCUAUUUCAGAGCUUAGAGAGCUCGGCAAGCGUUAAACAUCUGCAGCUAUGGCAGGAAAACACAUCCGUUAAAAGCUCCAAUAUCAAUUUCGCCGCCAGUCAAGCUUCGGCUGUCUGCACAAGUGGGGAAUAAGGUUUUUCUAUAUAGUGCGAACAUGUUGGCGUUAGUGGUGCCACUUCUUUUGUGUGCUUGCUGCCUCGCCGAAGAAUCUGGUUUUACUCUGACCGUGUUGCACACAAAUGACGUGCACGCGCAUAUUGAAGAAAGCACUAAGUACGGUGCUAUGUGCAGCGACGAAGAUAAGAAAAACAAGAGCUGCGUUGGAGGCGUUGCUAGGAUCAAGGCAAAGGUCACAGAAUUGAAGAAACAAUAUCCAGGAGCCUUAUUUAUGAAUGCCGGUGACUUCUUCCAAGGAACCGCAUGGUACACUGUGCUGAAGGAAAAAAUUAUAUCGGCCGUCAUGUCCGACAUGGAUUACGAUUGCGUGUGCCUUGGGAACCACGAGUUCGACGAUGGUCCAGAAGCGCUCGCGCUGUUUCUUGAAGCCAUGAAAAAGGCUAACGUGACAGUCGUAAGCACGAAUACUGACUUUUCGAAGGAGCCGGCUUUACGAAAUAUCAGUCUUCCGAAAUCAUUGACGAUCAAGGUGAACGGCGUAUCUGUGGGCAUUGUCGGUGCAGUACUUCCCGAAACUCGAUUUCUGUCGAAUACUGGUAAAGUGGAGUUUCAAGAUGAAAUUACGAGCAUUAAACGAGAAGUAGAAAAGCUCGAGAAGGACGGUGUAAAAGUGUUUGUGGCAAUUACGCACUCAGGAUACCCACGAGACAUCGAAAUCGUGAAGCAAGUGAAGCACUUGGAUCUGCUCGUCGGUGGACACACAAACACGUUUCUGUACCAUGCACCGCUAUGGAAUAAGUCGACCUGUUUAGUGCUUGCCAGAUUCUUCGCAAAUUGGUUGAAUAUAUUCGGCCGCUUCCUGAACACAGCACCGAAAUGUUUAAUUACAGGUGAAGGCUUUCCCAAGGAAAACGUUCCAGAAGGAGACUACCCUACCAUGGUGAACAGAAGUGACGGUAGCAGAGGUCUUGUUGUGCAAGAUUACUGGUUCGGAAAGUUUCUAGGCUUUUUGCAGGUCUACUUUGACAAUGAAGGACAAAUUGUGAACUGGACAGGAAACCCUAUCCUGUUAAACAACUCAGUGGAAGAAGACCGAGGUAUGCUGGACCUCAUAGAAUGCUACAAGGACAACGUGACGAGAGCCAUCAAUGAGGUCAUCGGCCGCUCGAAGGUGGAGCUAGAGCAAGCGGACAGUAUAUGCCGGCUACGCGAGUGUAACCUUGGGAACUUGAUAGCGGACGGCCUGUUCGCCUACUACGCGGACAAGGAAAGCAGCGAGCCCGACUUCUGGUCUGACGUCAACGGCGCCAUAUUGAACGGAGGCGCUGUGCGCACGCCCAUCCCUCAAGGUGGUAUAACGAUGGGCCAUAUAUUGGCUACAAUGCCUUUCGGCAUGUCGGUCGUCAUCAUGACACUCAAUGGCUCCGAGCUACGAAGCAUGUUUGAGUACUCAGUCUCUGAGUACAGUUACAAAGAGAAGCAGGGCCGAUUUUUGCAAGUAUCGGGUAUUCGUGUGACUUAUAACGUGGCGUAUCCUCGUAACUGUCGCGUCAUAUCACUACAAGUCCUGUGCAGAAGGUGCAAGGUGCCGCGACAUGAGGAAGUAAGUGACACCGGGGUCUGCCGAAUUGUCACCACCGACUACAUUACGAGAGGAGGGGAUGUCUAUAACAAAGCAACGAAUGCCACAAGCGGAGGUCCUGCAGAUUACUCAGUUCUUGUGAACCAUGUCAGGAAGAUGACGCCGGUGAAGUCGGCUAUUGAGGGACGCAUAACAAUUUUCAACGGAUCUGAACGUGCAACAAUUCCAGGCGACUCUGUCACCAACCCAUCGCUCAGGAGGAAAGAGACACUAUCUGCAAGGCUGCUUUCACGUCCCAUAGAAAAAAUAAGAGCAUUUUUUUCGCUUAAAGGGGUGGAGACAUGAAAAUUUUCGUUCAUGCGUUCUUUGAUUCAAGCGUUGCGUACUGCUUCUGGAAGCACGAUACUCACCGCGGGAUUCAUAUAUAUCCGAUAAAUAACUUAAUAAUAGCAUUAUUAUACCGAGCGAUUUCGGUUUCGGUUCCUGGGCUCCGGGUGAUGCUAUGACGUAGUAGGAGAGGAAACACAACACGGCUUGGUCACAGGGGUCACAAAAAUAGUGACGUAAAACUAUGCUGCGUCGUCUGCUCGCGCAUACGUGUGCUCUGCCAGCAGAGGUAAACAAGUGGCGACUCGAAGUGCAUGUCGCGAUUAUUAUACUUAUUGCGAAGAGCGACAAGAACGGUAAGAAAAUAUUGCGGCUUGUGAAAGUCGGUGAUUCAUUCCGAAGCGCCGUCAGCUUUAGCUUUGAAAUGAACCGGAAAAGGCCUAGCGACGAUAGCGGCGCCGCCGAAAGAUAGCGGCAGUGAGGCUGCCGUCGGUGCCCGAGUGGCCACUCCUCGGUCGCUGAUUGUCCACUUCGCCGUGCGGCUGCCGCACAAAUGGGUCCCGGUCCCAUCCUCUCUAUACGGCAAGGAAUUCUCGCCGUUCGCGAUCAAAACCGCCGUCGUACGGCGGCCCGCGAACGGCAAACGGCGUGCGGCGAAUUGCCGUGCCGGUAACGUGGACGGGCCUUUACACGUUGGGAAACACGAAGCGAACGAGAGACCGCUCCGAGCAGCCGAACUAUGCGACUCUCAGAUACUGCGUCCACUUUUCUCCGCUACAGCGCUGUGCAUGUCUCGGUUAGUCAGGGGCCAGGGUUAGCUCGCUUACAGUGUUCUAGAAGCUUGUAGCAUAGAGAAAGGAUUUCUAUAUGCCUGUAGCUCGGUCAUAGCGGAGGAUAUGCUCGAUCGCUCGGUUCAGCAGGCUCCCUAAUCGGCAUUUCAUCGCUACUCAUCAUACGUCACGUUUCUGUGCUAGUGUGCGAUAAAGUCAAUAUUUUCGUUCCUCCGUUGUCACGUCAUAGCAGCCGCGCUAGCGAUGGGUCUCGACCACGAGAACGAGCUUUUAAUGACUUUUUGGAGCUGAAUUAAAAUUAUUUUCAAGUGUUUGCAGCGUUCAAUACCUCGUUGUGGGUGUCCUCGCAUACAAAAGCAGCCUAUACAACAGGCUUUUUAUAGCCUCAAUAUUUGGUGUCUCAACUCCUUUAAUAGUGCGUUUAUUAGAAAGAAACAAGGAACUUCUCGACAGAUAAAUAUUUAAUCGGUGCGAAACAUAUACAUGUAUAGCAUCACCCAUUGCAUUCUUUAACUCAGGAAACGCAGUUCUUUAAAAUGGGUUAGAUAUUAUUAACUCAAUUUUAAAAUAUUGAGAGGAUUGA